GUGUCUCUUCUUUGCCGUCCUUCCAUAAAGUGGAAUAUGGAAGACAUGGGAUUUUGGACGCCAUGGAGCUUUUUACCUAUUCCACCUGUAUCCGUUUCCGACCCCUGACGAAGGAGAGAGAUUAUUUGUACUUCGUGUCAGGCAAUGGGUGCUGGACCAAAUUUGUGGGACGUAGAGGUGGAAGACAGUUUGUGACCCUGACACCAUAUUGCAUGUCCCGCCCUGUGAUCCAGCGUCAGCUUCUGCACACCCUGGGCUUCGUUAACGAGGAAAACCGCAGUGACCGUGACCAAUAUGUCCGUAUUAACUACCAGAACGUCAGAAAGGGUGAGCAAAACCUGCUACUGCAUCCCCACCGAAUGAUUUAUUGA